AGGCGCAUUAAGGAUCUGUCAAGAUACGCCCUUAACUAGUGUGAACUCGGCAUUCAAGUAAAACGCACGACUUUCAGCCUGCGCUUCGCAAUUUGCGAUGUUUUACUACCCCAACAAAAAUCGAACUGUAAUGGAUACGGUGAUAAAAGUUGUCGUGAACACGGACGAAUAGUGUAGUCGGUUAUUUACGAAGUUUCGCUAAUUUUAUGUGUGUUUGCAAACUAUUUGGGUUAUAUCAAUAAGUUUUUCGGGAUUCACGCGUUGUGUCAUAUGAAGUGGUCGUGUUGUGUGCCGGAUGAUGGACGAGGAAAGUUUAUCUCAGUUCACGAUUUGGACCAUACCAACGUUGGGGCGACGAAUUCGACUCGAUCGGAGAUCUUUAUCGUACAGUGUAAAUAGAUGUUGAAUGACCAAUGCUAGUUAGAGACUAAGCGCGAUGCGCCCCGUGUGGUAUACGGAACGGACUCUGUUGGCGUUCCUCAUGAUCGCAGUGUCCCCUUCGCCGUCUGCCACUCAGAGUACUAUACUAGCAGGCAGUCCGUUAUCGUCAGUCACGGGGACAGUUACACGUGUGUCGUCAGUCGUCGGCGGUGAAGCAGACCUGCCUUGCGACUCCCGACCCCCACAGCGCAAUGACAGUUUGCUGCUCGUCGUGUGGUACAGAGAUGACAAUCCAGUGUACAGUUAUGACACACGCGUACCGGGCGAGACGGGCCACUGGUCGGACGACAUGUUCAGAGACCGGGCUCGGUGGGAGCCGACCUCGGUGCUGCGUGUACGCGACGUGCAGUCGCGCGACAGAGCGAUAUACAGAUGUCGCGUCGACUUCCAAGUAUCGCCUACGAGGAAUUACCGGAUCGCUCUCGAUGUUAUUGAGUUGCCCUCCAAACCGGUGAUCUUCGACGAGUUCGGCAAAGAAAUAACCGGAACCGCCGGCCCUUUCAACGAGGGGGGUGACUUCAAACUUAUUUGCUCCGUUAAUGGGGGUAACCCUACGCCGCGGGUACAAUGGCUCCAAGGCGACACGGUGCUGUCAACCCUAGGCGCGGGCGAGCUCCAGCCCGCAGGAAGCAGCAGGUCGUUGACCCUCUCCAUCUCAAACGCUACGAGGGCGCACUUGUCCUCCGUGUACACCUGCACAGCUGACAACACUUUGUUGUCGCCCCCGCAACGUGCUACCGUGCGUGUUGAUUUGUAUCUGAGGCCGCUCUCAGUAGAGAUCUUGUCAAGGGAGCAACCGUUAUCAGUGGGCAGACAGGCGGAGCUUUGGUGUAAAUCGACCGGGGCGAGGCCACCCGCCAUCAUCACGUGGUGGCUUGGUGGCAAGAAGCUAGACUCUAUCACAAAACAGCAGGACUUGGAAGAUCGUAACGAGACCCAGUCGCUUCUGCAGUGGACGCCAUUGAAAGAGCACAAUGGGAAGGUGCUCACUUGCAGGGCGGAGCACUCCAAGUUCAAUACCACAACGAUAGAGAGCAAACUGCCGCUCAAUAUUUAUUACGUUCCUGUUGCCACAAUGUACCUUGGCGCUAAAAUGAACCCGAACGAUAUCGAAGAAGGCGACGAUGUGUACUUCGGCUGCGAAGUCGACGCCAACCCUCCCGCGUACAAAGUGGUGUGGGAACACAACGGGGUUCUGCUCCAACACAAUCCAUCCAAUGGAGUAAUCCUCACGGGGAACACUAACCUCGCUCUUCGCAACGUGUCAAGACAUCAAGCCGGCACCUAUACAUGCACGGCAUCUAACGUUGAAGGUGACGGGAAAUCGCCUCCACUACGGAUGCAAGUUGUUUAUAGGCCUAUAUGUCGGAAGAGGGAGAUAAAACUGAUCGGCGCGGCGUUACAAGAGCCAUCGAAGGUGGAAUGCGACGUGGAUGCCUUCCCUCCUCCGGACACGUUCGAGUGGACCCUCAACAACUCCGCUGGCUCCAUUAAAGUUGACCCUGAUCGCUUCACAGUUAAUGCGAAAGAAAGCAAAUCAGUGUUAACUUACAUCCCGGUCUCCGACAUCGACUACGGGACGUUGUCGUGUCGGGCGACCAACUUGGCUGGGCAGCAGAUAUCGCCGUGUGUCUACACACUGCUACCUGCGACGAGACCCGAUCCGCCUUCCAACUGCUCAGUGUACAAUCUCACUGAUGAUUCGUUGGAUCUGACGUGUCUUGCAGGUUACGAAGGCGGUCUCCAGUGUACAUACAUAGCAGAAGUGUGGGCAAACGAGGGUUUAGUAACAAAUUCAACAAAUAAAGCGACAGUUUGGAACCUGAGGAGGCUUGGUGCUAAAAGACAUCUCAAGUUGGUGGUGUACGCGGCCAAUGCUCGGGGGAGAUCCGAACAUGUGACGUUCACUGUUGAAACUGCGCCGAGAUUAGCGCCUAGAACUGAAGCGCAGGAAGCGUGGGAGGUGAAUUGGGCGGUUGGCGGAGUGCUCGGCGCCGCGUUAACCGUCGCCAUCAUCUUGUGCCUGGCCUUAGUAGCGACGAGGUUACGCCCGAGGUCUCGGGAUUACGAAGUGACAAUGCAAUCAACGAAGAACCAGAAGGCUUCCCUACAGAAGCGAUGCUCUCCGGACGACCGUAAUCCCGACCUAAUUCCCCUUAGUAAAGGUAUAGAUUGCCCGCCCGACCCGCCACAGUAUUCAGCAGUGGUAGCCAAGUCGGAAGCCAAGAAUUCGUCCAGCUCACACAGUUUGGCGCGAACCCAAUCACCAACCUCGCCUGUGUCGACUAAUACGCAACAUGAGUUACCGGGCGACCGCAGCGGCGUAAAUGGAACUCUGAGGUCGCAUCGAGAGGUCGUGACCACUCGAACCCCGCUCUUGGCAGCACAUCAAGAAAGUUGUGUGUAACGAUUUUAGUGGCAAUAAGGUUUAACUUGCGUUGCGACUUUACAAAUCUGACUGAACGAGGAACCAAAAGCUUAAUUUGCUAUAAUCCGCCAAACCAAAGAAAUCUGUAUGGUGCAACAUGCAGCAUGCGACAUGCACCGCCCGCC